AUGCCACAGUCUCUACGACUGGACCCCAGCUGCUUCCCUGCCUCUGCCCGGCCUGCUCCUGCCCUGUCGCUGCCCCGUGAAUCACACGACUUCCAGCCCCAGCCCCUCGAAGGAGUGGUGCCUGCUCAGCGCUGGCGCAGUGAGAGCUUUGAGAGGCCCGUGGACCUGGAGGGCUCCGGGGACGACGACCCCUUUCCUGAUGACGAGCUGGACGGCCUCUACUCAGGGUCGGGCUCGGGCUACUUCGAGCAGGAGUCGGGCCUUGAGACAGCCGUGCGCUUCAGCCCCGAUGUGGCUCUGGCAGUGUCCACCACGCCUGCAGUGCUUCCCACCACGGACGUCCGGCCUGUGGGCACCCCAUUUGAAGAGCUCCCCUCUGAGCGCCCCACCCCAGAGCCAGCCACCAGCUUCCCAGAGGUGACAGAGAUCCCGGAAGAGCCCGGCCAGAGAGCCACCACCACCUCUCCCAUCACGGCUGCCACUGCCACGGAGGCCCCAGCCGCCACGGCGCCUGCCACAGAGGCCACUGCCUCCCCCAGCGUCCCUGCGGCACCACCCUCCACGGCCACCACUGCUGUUGUAAGGACCACCAGCAUCCGGAGGCUUCUGCCUCUUCCACUGACCACAGCAGCCACGGCCCAGGCCGCCACGCCAGCCGCAGCCUCUCCUCCCACCACCGCAGUCAUUCUGGACACAGAGGCCCCAACACCUCGGCUGGUCAGCACGGCUACCUCCCGGCCACGAGCCCUCCCUGGGCCAGCGACCACCCAGGAGCCCGAGUUCUCUGACAGGAGCACCCUGCCCCUGGGGACCACUGCCCCCGGGCCCACGGAUGUGGCUCAGACCCCCACUCCGGAGUCCUACUUGACCACGAUCCGGGAUGAGCCGGAGGUGCCAGUGAGCGGGGGGCCCAGUGGGGACUUCGAGCUGCCGGAGGAGGACGCCACACAGCCAGAUGCAGCCAAUGAGGUGGUGGCCGUGGGCGGGGCUGCGGCCAAACCGUCCCCUCCCCCUGAGACGCUGCCCAAGGGUGGCCGCCCCGGCCCGGGCCUCCUGGACAACGCCAUCGACUCGGGCAGCUCCGCAGCCCAGCUGCCUCAGAAGAGCAUCCUGGAGCGGAAGGAGGUGCUCGUAGCUGUGAUCGUGGGCGGGGUGGUGGGCGCCCUCUUCGCCGCCUUCCUGGUCACGCUGCUCAUCUACCGCAUGAAGAAGAAGGACGAGGGCAGCUACACGCUGGAGGAGCCCAGGCAGGCGGCCGUCACGUACCAGAAGCCCGACAAGCAGGAGGAGUUCUACGCCUAGCGCAGCCGCCCUUCCGUCCAGCCCGGGCCUGGCCCUCCAGCCCCAGCCCAGGCCUGGGCCGAGAGGGAGCCUGGCUCCAGCUCUCCCCUGCCCUCCCCCCCAGGCCUGCCCAGGUUGCCAGCCUCGUGCAGGCCUUCCCUGUGGGACGGUGAUGCCAUCCACCCGGCCUUGGCCUCACGGGCUCCGCUCUUGUCCUCCCCCGGUCUGGAGCUUCGGGACCUCGUGUCAGAUGGACAGGAGGAAGGGAGCUUCUGAUUGGCUGGUAGAAAAACGGCCUGUGCCCAACCCCCAGGGGUGGCCGAGGUCUCCAUCCGGGCCGGAAGCCCUCCGGCUGGUUUCUAGGACCAACGUUUGGCAAACGCAAGCCCUCGGAAUCAUCUCGACACUGCCAUGGCUCACUCCCGACCCAGGACCUCUGCCUGGCGGGGGAGAGUGUCCCUGUCACCAGCCUGUUUUGUCCUGGCCUCUGGGCUCAUGGGGUCUCUGUCCCACAAAGCCGCCUAGCACACCUGCACCUGGGCGCGCCUCUUCCUGCAGUUCCCCGAGAGCCAGGGCGGCCACUGCUGUCCUCCCUGCAGGGUCCUGGACACAGCCACCGUCGCCGGGCCGCCGCCCACCUUGUCACGGUCACACACGGACAAGCACGUAAAGCCGAAAUCACAGCUCUGACCACCCGUCAGCCAGGACCUCCGCUGACGCGCAGAGGUGGCCAUCUGUCGCGUGCACACCCAGACACAUGCCACAGUGAGGUUCCUAGGCACGGUCACCGGGGCACAGGUGCCUCCGCCGUCCUCCCGCCUCGCACACGCACCACACACGUCCUUGCCAGCGUGCAGGCUCACUGGGGGAGGGGAGCCCAGCCAGAGCCAUCAGCCCACAUUGGGCCCCACGCCACGGCGCCCACACCAUCCGUGUUCCCCCAGCCCUGGCCGUGCCAGGCAGUCCCGUGUGUUCUGGGGACGACAGACGGCUGUUCCCUGGAUAAAGCGUGGCAUGGGGGUAUUGCCACAAGCCCUCUCAGGGCCCGCGCGCCGAGGGGCUGGCUUACCCCCUGCCUGCUUCCCGCCCUGUAGCCUGCAGAGGUUUCGGGGGCAGCCCCCCACUGGCUGGGAGCCCGAGGAAGGGUUGGUUCCUGGAAUUGGGCCCAGGCUAUGGAGGGUGCUUAGGUCUUUCGGGACCCAAGGCCCUGGGAGGGGAGGGGUGUGCGGUCUGCCUCCUGGCCUCCCCGUCCCCUCCCUGCUCUCAGGGGGGCUGCUUCCCAGACACCGUCUCCGAAGUGCCUGUGAGGGUGGGCCCUUGGCCUGGCCCCUCUGCGCCCUCUGCCCUCGGCCUGGCCUGGCCUGGCCGACCUCAGUCCCACCUACCCUGGUGCCCUCCAGAGGCCAGCCGCCCCAUUGGCCAGCAGCUCACUGGGUGGACCAGCAGCUGGGAGUAGCCGUCCAGAUGCCCCUGGCGGAGGCUUGGGGACUAGAGCAGGUGACUGUGGGGGACUCGGGUGUCAGGCCCAGCCCUCCUCCGCCCUCUCUCCCCUGCCGCUGGGGCCGUCCCGUAGGUGUCUGCAGUCCGGGCCACUCAUUGACAGGGGCUCUGGGGGCCGCAGGGUGCUCACCCCACCCUCACCCACACCUAGAUUCAAGUCAGAAACACCUUUUAUUUCUGUUUCCUUUUCAAGACGCCCUGACGGCGGAUUUCUGCAGGGCGAGGGCUGGGUGCUGGAGGCAGCAGGGCUGGGCUCCAGGGAGCCGUUCCAGGGACCCUC